AAGCAUCGCGAGAACGCUUAAACUGUCACAGGGUUUCGCAAAGAUUUGGAAAACAUUUGACGCCGCCGAGUUUUCCUGACCAGCGUCCCGUGAGAGGUUUAGGGAAACGCGGAAAAUGGAAGAGUGUCGCAUUUGCAUGUCCCAGAAGAGGAAGACAAACUUCGUGGAUAUAUUUGAGUACACAAUAAUAAUAGGAAAUACAGAGCUGUACCUUUAUGACGCCCUCCAGGAGUUGACGGAUGUGAAGGUGUGCAAGGGUGAUGGGAAGCCGGAGGUCAUCUGUCCGGAGUGUGAGACACGGCUUCACAAUGCGUACGAGCUGAAAGUGCUGGCUGAAGAGUCAGACAAGAAGUUCUCCAAGCAGACAGACAAGCGAGACGCAGAGCCCCAAAAGAGGACAAUUAUUGAGCGUUAUGAGUACAGCAUCACAAGCAAGGAGGACGAAGAGGAGCAGCCGGUGAAGGAGGACAGCAACGAAGAGAUCGACGCAGUGUCGUUCGUGCUGAGAUACAUCCCGGAAACAUUGGCGGAACUGCACAAGACAUCGGAUGCCAAUCGAAGCGGCCGGAAAGCAGUGGACUACAAGGAUAGGAAGCAUGAGUGCCACGUGUGCUCCAAGAGAUUCCUCCGCCGGUCAAAUCUCAUUGACCACCUGAGACUUCACGCCAAUCAGCGCCCGUACGAGUGCGAAUACUGCAACAAGACCUUCGUGCAGUCCGGGAAUUACAAGUCCCACUUGCGCAUUCACACGAAGGAGCGCCCAUACGAGUGUAAAAUCUGCCGGAAAAGCUACAACCAACCCAGCGCCCUCAAGGUGCACAUCCGGACGCACACGAUGGAGAAGAACUACGUGUGUCCGGUGUGCGAAAAGCGCUUCACCAACUCAUCGGAUUUGUCCAAGCACAAGAGGAUCCACGACGUGGUGAAGAAGUACACCUGCAACUACUGCUCCAAGGACUUUGCACAGAAUGUGAACCUGAAGAAGCACAUAAGGAACAACCACAAGGACGUGCUGGAAGUCACACAGUCAUCUAACAUUCUGCCCAAGUCGGAAGUGGUUGAAGUAAUAAUCUAAGAAUCUAUUAUGUCUCAACUUAUUUGCUCUGUGCGCAUCAAAGGAAAUAGAAGAGCAUUUGAAUUAGAA